AUGGCAAUCGAGAGCCGUUGCAUUAGCCAGUUCGCCUCCCGAGGAUCAUGGGUGCGCAUUGAGAUUUUGGCUCCGAGCUUGCGAAGGAACUUUUCAGUUUUUGGACCGAGAGAAAAAUUAAUUUCAAAAUACAGCACGAUGUCAUCUCAAAGUUUCCUGAUCAAAAAAUAUUCAAUAGCGGAACACUUAAGGCGAGGAUGCUCACAAAGAACAAUCGCCAAAGAAUUCAAUGUUUCAAAAUCUUUUGUGCAGCAAGUCAGCGCGAAAAUAAAAAACGGACUGCCUUUUGAACGUCCCGUUGGUUCUGGUCGUCCAGAAAAACUUACUCUGGCGAUUAAAAACGCAAUAUUGACGAAAUAUGAUCAAAAUCUUUUUUCCACUUUACAAGAAAUUGCAAAUUACAUUGAAUCUGAGCACAAUUUACGACUUUCUCGAUCAACAAUAAGGAAUGCUUUAUAUUCUUUUCGACUAGAAAAUCGAAAACCGUUUAAAUUUGGAGGAGGAAGUGUUCUAGCUUGGGGCUGUAUUUCGUCCAAUGGAGUAGGCCGGCUCGUUUUUAUUGACGGAAUUAUGACGGCUGCGCAUUAUGUGCAAAUUUUAGCACAAAAUUUAAACCAAUCCGCCGGAGAAAUGAGUUUAACUGACUUUGAGUUUAUGCACGACAACGACCCAAAGCAUACAGCUCGAGUCACAAGGAAAUUUCUUGAAGAAGAAAAAAUCAAAACAAUUAAUUGGCCUGCACAAAGUCCAGAUCUCAAUCCAAUCGAGCAUGUGUGGGCCUAUAUAAAGUUCCAGUUACGCAAUAUGGGAAGGCUUGAUAAGGAAACUUUAAAGCAAGAAGUUUUGAAAAUCUGGAACAACCUCCCCCCGGAACUAAUAAGAAAAUAUGUUCUAAGCUUCCACAAACGAGUUCUGGAAGUAUAUAAGACGAAAGGGAAGCAUAUUAAUUACUAA